AUGCGGCUCUGGAGUUGGGUGCUGCGCCUGGGGCUGCUGAGCGCCGCGCUGGGCUGCGGGCUGGCCGAGCGCCCCCGCCGGGCCCGGAGAGACCCUCGGGCCGUGCGCACCCCGCGCCCCGCCGCCGGCCCGGCCACCUGCGCCACCCGGGCGGCCCGCGGUCGCCGCGCCUCGCCGCCGCCGCCUCCGGGCGGUGCCUGGGAAGCCGUGCGCGUCCCCCGGCGGCGGCAGCAGCGGGCGGCGAGGGGCGCCGAGGAGCCGAGCCCGCCUAGCCGGGCGCUCUAUUUCAGCGGGAGAGGGGAGCAGCUGCGCCUUCGGGCCGACGUGGAGCUGCCCCGCGACGCCUUCACACUGCAAGUGUGGCUACGAGCGGAGGGGGGCCAGGCGUCUCCAGCGGUGAUCACAGGGCUGUAUGACAAGUGUUCUUAUACCUCGCGUGACCGAGGAUGGGUCGUGGGCAUUCACACCAUCAGUGAUCAAGGCAACAGAGACCCACGCUACUUUUUCUCCUUGAAGACAGACCGGGCCAGGAAAGUGACCACCAUUGAUGCCCAUCGCAGCUACCUCCCAGGCCAGUGGGUAUACCUAGCUGCUACCUACGAUGGGCGACUGAUGAAGCUCUAUAUGAACGGUGCCCAGGUGGCGACCUCUGGGGAGCAAGUUGGUGGCAUAUUCAGCCCACUAACCCAGAAGUGUAAAGUGCUCAUGUUGGGGGGCAGUGCUCAAAAUCACAACUUCAGGGGCUACAUUGAGCACUUCAGUCUAUGGAAGGUAGCCAGGACACAGCGAGAGAUACUGUCUGACAUGGAAACCCAUGGCCUCCACACCCCUCUACCUCAGCUCCUCCUCCAGGAGAACUGGGACAAUGUGAAGCGCACUUGGUCCGCCAUGAAGGAUGGCAACAGCCCCCGCGUGGAAUUCAGUAAUGCCCACAGCUUCCUGUUGGACACUAGUUUAGAGCCCCCUCUUUGUGGGCAGACACUAUGUGACAACACAGAAGUCAUCUCCAGUUAUAACCAGCUCCCAAGUUUCCGUCGACCCAAGGUGGUACGCUAUCGUGUGGUCAACAUUCAUGAUGACGACCAUAAGAACCCGACUGUGAGCCAGCAGCAGAUUGACUUUCAGCACCAGCAGCUGGCUGAGGCCUUCCAGCACUAUAACAUCUCCUGGGAGCUGGAGGUGCUGGAUAUAAACAGCUCUUCUCUGCGUCACCGCCUCAUCCUAGCCAACUGUGACAUCAGCAAGAUCGGCGAUGAAAAGUGUGACCCUGAAUGCAACCAUACACUGACUGGCCAUGAUGGCGGGGACUGCCGCCAGCUGCGCUAUCCCGCGUUCAUGAAGAAGCAGCAGAACGGUGUUUGUGACAUGGACUGCAACUACGAAAGGUUUAAUUUCGAUGGUGGAGAGUGCUGUGACCCAGACAUCACUGAUGUCACUAAGACAUGCUUUGAUCCUGACUCUCCACACAGAGCCUACUUGGAUGUCAAUGAGCUAAAGAACAUUCUUAGAGUGGAUGGAUCAACACAUCUCAAUAUUUUCUUUGCAAACUCUUCAGAGGAGGAGUUGGCAGGAGUGGCAACUUGGCCAUGGGACAAGGAGGCCCUAAUGCACUUGGGCGGCAUUGUUUUGAACCCAUCUUUCUAUGGCAUUCCUGGACACACCCACACCAUGAUCCAUGAGAUUGGGCACAGCCUGGGCCUCUAUCACAUCUUCCGUGGCAUCUCAGAAAUCCAGUCCUGCAGUGAUCCCUGCAUGGAGACAGAGCCCUCAUUUGAAACUGGAGACCUCUGCAAUGACACCAACCCAGCCCCCAAACACAAGUUUUGUGGAGACCCUGGACCGGGCAAUGACACUUGUGGCUUUCAUAGCUUCUUCGACACUCCUUACAAUAACUUCAUGAGCUAUGCAGAUGACGACUGUACAGACUCUUUCACGCCCAAUCAAGUCUCCAGAAUGCACUGUUACCUGGACCUGGUAUACCAGAACUGGCAACCCUCCAGAAAGCCAGCACCUGUAGCCCUUGCCCCCCAGGUUGUGGGCCAUACAAGUGACUCUGUGAUGUUAGAGUGGUUCCCACCCAUCGAUGGCCACUUCUUUGAAAGAGAAUUGGGAUCAGCAUGUGACCUUUGCCUAGAAGGGAGAAUCCUGGUGCAAUAUGCUUUCAAUGCCUCUUCCCCGAUGCCCUGUGGACCAUCAGGACACUGGAGUCCUCGGGAAGCAGAAGGUCAUCCAGAUGUUGAACAGCCCUGUAAAUCCAGUGUCAGAACCUGGAGUCCAAAUUCAGCUGUUAACCCACACACAGUCCCUCCAGCUUGUCCUGAGCCACAAGGUUGCUACCUCGAGCUGGAAUUCCAGUACCCCUUGGUCCCUGAUUCAUUGACCAUCUGGGUGACCUUUGUCUCCACUGACUGGGACUCCAGUGGAGCUGUCAAUGACGUCAAACUAUUGACAGUCAGUGGAAAGAACAUCUCUUUAGGUCCUCAAAAUGUUUUCUGUGAUAUCCCACUGACCAUCAGACUCCGGGAUGUGGGUGAGGAGGUAUAUGGCAUCCAGAUCUAUACUCUUGAUGAACACCUGGAGAUUGAUGCAGCCAUGCUGACCUCUACUGUGGACAGUCCACUCUGUCUAGAGUGUAAACCCCUACAGUAUAAAGUGCUCCGGGACCCACCUCUCCAGGAAGACAUAGCCUCAUUACUACACCUCAACAGAAGAUUCGUGGACAUGGAUCUGAAACUUGGCAGUGUGUACCAGUACCAGAUUAUCACCAUUUCAGGAACUGAAGAGAGUGAGCCAUCACCGGCUGCCAUAUACACCCAUGGAAGUGGGUACUGUGGUGAUGGCAUUAUCCAGAAAGGCCAAGGAGAAGAAUGUGACGACAUGAAUAAGAUCAAUGGUGAUGGCUGCUCCCUCUUCUGCCAACAAGAAAUUUCCUUCAACUGCAUUGAUGAACCCAGCCGGUGUUACUUCCAUGAUGGAGAUGGGAUGUGUGAAGAGUUUGAACAAAAAACUAGCAUUAAAGACUGUGGCGUCUACACACCCCAGGGUUUCCUGGAUCAGUGGGCAUCCAAUGCUUCAGUAUCCCAUCAAGACCAGCAGUGCCCAGGUUGGGUUGUUAUUGGACAACCAGCGGCAUCCCAGGUGUGUCGAACCAAGGUGAUAGAUCUCAGUGAAGGCAUUUCCCAGCAUGCUUGGUACCCUUGCACCAUUAAUUACCCAUACUACCAGCUGCCUCAGACCACAUUCUGGCUCCAGACAUAUUUCUCUCAGCCAAUGGUUGCUGCAGCUGUUAUUAUCCACUUGGUGACUGAUGGAACAUACUAUGGGGACCAAAAGCAGGAGACCAUCAGUGUGCAGCUGCUUGAUACCAAAGAGCAAAGCCAUGAUCUAGGCCUCCAUGUCUUGAGCUGCAGGAACAAUCCCCUGAUUAUCCCUGUGGUCCAUGACCUCAGCCAGCCCUUCUACCACAGCCAAGCAGUACGUGUGAGCUUCAGUUCGCCCCUGGUCGCCAUCUCGGGGGUGGCCCUCCGCUCCUUCGACAACUUUGACCCUGUCACCCUGAGCAGCUGCCAGAGAGGAGAGACCUACAGCCCUGCUGAGCAGAGCUGUGUGCAUUUUGCCUGUGAAGCCACGGACUGUCCAGAACUGGCUGUGGAGAAUGCUUCUCUCAACUGUUCCAGCAGCCACCGCUACCAUGGUGCCCAGUGCACUGUGAGCUGCCAGACAGGUUAUGUGCUGCAGAUACAGCGGGAUGACGAGUUAAUCAAGAGCCAGGUGGGACCAAGCAUCACAGUGACAUGUACGGAGGGCAAGUGGAACAAGCAGGUGGCAUGUGAGCCAGUGGACUGCGGUGUCCCGGAUCACCAUCAUGUCUAUGCUGCCUCCUUCUCCUGCCCAGAGGGCACCACCUUUGGUAGAAGAUGUUCCUUUCAGUGCCGCCACCCUGCCCAGCUGAAAGGCAACAACAGCGUUCUGACCUGUAUGGAAGAUGGACUGUGGUCCUUCCCGGAGGCCCUGUGUGAGCUCAUGUGCCUCGCCCCACCCCCAGUUCCCAACGCAGACCUGCAGACAGCAAGGUGUCGAGAGAACAAGCACAAGGUGGGCUCCUUCUGCAAGUACAAGUGCAAACCUGGAUACCACGUGCCCGGCUCGUCUAGGAAGUCCAAGAAACGGGCCUUCAAGACUCAGUGUACCCAAGAUGGCAGCUGGCAGGAGGGAACUUGUGUGCCUGUGACUUGUGACCCACCUCCAGCCAAAUUCCAUGGGCUCUACCAAUGCACCAAUGGCUUCCAGUUCAACAGUGAGUGUAGGAUCAAGUGUGAAGACAGUGAAGGCUCCCAGGGCCGUGGGAGCAACAUCAUUCACUGCCGGAAAGACGGUACCUGGAGUGGUUCCUUCCAUGUCUGCCGAGAGAUGCAAGGCCAGUGCUUGGCUCCCAACCAGCUCAACAGUAACCUCAAAUUGCAGUGUCCUGAUGGCUACGCCAUAGGGUCAGAGUGUGCCACCUCGUGCCUGGACCACAACAGCGAGUCCAUCAUCUUGCCAGUGAACGUGACGGUGCGUGACAUUCCCCACUGGAUGAACCCCACACGAGUAGAGAGGAUUGUCUGCACUGCUGGUCUCCAGUGGUAUCCCCACCCUGCUCUGAUCCACUGUGUCAAAGGCUGUGAGCCAUUCAUGGGAGACAACUACUGUGAUGCCAUCAACAAUCGCGCCUUCUGCAACUAUGAUGGUGGGGACUGCUGCACCUCCACGGUAAAGACCAAAAAGGUCACUCCCUUUCCUAUGUCCUGUGACCUACAAGAUGACUGCGCCUGUCGGGACCCUGAAGCCCAAGAACACAGCCGGAAAGACCUUCGGGGAUAUAGCCAUGGCUAAGGAAAGACAAAAGUUGUCCAAGAUUUCCCAACGCCAAGACCCGCAUCCCUCUGGUAUUGAUUUCACAGUCUGCUGCUCAAUGAAAUGGCCUCUCCACACCAGGGAUCCUUAGCACCCAACCGGUCUGCCUUUAAUUUCACCCAGGAAGGACCAAUUGUGGGGCAAUGAACUGAAUCUCACCAUGUUGAAUGAUGGAAUGGAAUACUAUCCUGCAGUCUAAGAUGGAUUGCAUACACAGCAUGUAGUCCCAGAGCCUCUGAAAAUUCUAACCAUUUGUCACAUGACCACAGCCCAAAACAACAAAACCAUGUUUUGUAUCAAGGAGUAUGCACAUCUGUGGUUCAUACACAUGCAUGCAUACACACCCAUACAAACAUCUGUGUGAAGGCAGUUUUAGAAAAGUUAGUGAAAAACAACUGGAAAAACAAAACAAAGCAACAAAAGCAAAGCAAAACAAAACAAAACAAAACCCACCUCAAUCUUUCCUCUCCCAAGCUCCUUGGGAGAAAGAGAGUUAUAGAAACUAAGACCAAGUACUGAGAAAGAAAUAUAGCUCAGAUUCUGAGGUACAGAAAAUGCCGUGCAUACAUCAUCAUGUAGUGUUUGGGGACCAGAAGUGAAAUGCUUUGUAACUACAAAUCUUCUGGGGAACUAGGGCCCAAGAAUAGGUAAAUAUUCCAAGGUGUGCAAAGCUCCCCAAUUUUUCUGCUGCCAUGGGGAUUUUGCCCCAACACCGGGGUGCAAGGCCUAGCUGGAAAUGGCUUAGGACUUCGGAGUCAAGGUAUUCCAUCAGCUCCCUGCUUGAGGCUUGAGGUCUUCAUAUCCCUUCCAGAUCCCACCUGUUCUCCAGAUCUUACCUUGGGACCACAUUUGCUGCUACUCUUCCUGCUGCUCUGUCCGAUACAUUGAGUGCUCUUUGAUGGUAGAGCUAGGUUAAAAAAAGUUCCAUAUAAUCAAGUAGACUGCCUUAAAAGUGAUUCAUAUUUUUCCAGAGUUCCUCACUCUUGGCCCAUCUUCAAAAGAAAAACCUUAAUGGGCUUAAGUCCUUCACAAGUGGACUUCUCAUUCUGGAAAAGAAUUAAGGGAUGUCAGAUGCUCGAGCCCUUCCUGAGAGUCCAGAAUGUCUAAGCCAGUGUUAGAUUUUCUAAUCAAGUGGAACAGUGUUAAACUUGGGAAUGCUGGAACUACAGAGAAGCUGCUGGAAUGGUCAGGACAUGGGUUAUUGUCCUUAUCUCAAUUUUCCCAGGUUUCUAGGCUAGAGCAAGCUUUGGUCUUGAGACUCCCACUAUUAUUCUAAGCAGAUGAAUUCUAAAACAUCUUGGAUCCAGGCAAUGUAUGUGGCAUUCUAGAGAAACAGAGGAACAUCGGGAAGCCCUGGAGAUCCAGACUCAGCACCCAACACAGUCAUCACAUUUUCCAUAUAAUUUUUCAGAUGUUAGGACACCUUUCCACAUUCAUUGUUGGGCACUGCUCCUUCCCCUCCCAUAUUUAGUCUUCAAACACUAAGAGGAAAUGAGUCAACUGUACAUGGAAGCCAGUAAUAUAUGCAGGGCCUUUUUCCCCCCUAAUUAUCUAUUCAUACCCUCUGAAUUAAUGUGAGAAGAGAUCAACACAGGAUGAGGUGUAUAGAGUAGUUAACUUUGACAUAAUUUGUGAAAUAUGGAGCUGGUAAGCAAGGAGAUAGGAAGACCUAAUGAAAUGUAUAACAUAAAGAUGACAGUACAUCAAUUGAUCUCAAGUCUAGUGGGGACAGCUAAUAAAAGCAAGUCUGGGACAGAAUGCAAAAUGCCAGCCCAUGCAUAGCCAUCCUGCAGCUAAGGCAUUCAUCGUUAAUCUAUUGUGUUCCCUUUUCUACUAGGACCAACAGUAAUUUCACAAACUGUGUUUUCAUAUUAUGACCAAUAGCUUUUUCCUGCUGAUUAAGAAUACUUGAAAAGGUAUCUAUUGACCAUCAGUGGUCUGUAAUAUCAAGAAAUGUACCAAGGUGCUUUUCGCACAGGUGCCCAUAAAUAAGGAUAUAAUGCUUAGAUUAUGCAACUUGUCCUUUACUGGAGCCUCUGAAGUUCAAGUCUAGAAUGGAGAAGUGGCCACUGAUGUGAUAGCCCAGCACUUUGGCUCCUCCAAAAGCAUAUCACAUUUAUAUAUAGGGCACUUCCCCCUGUAAUUAUUAGAACCAAUCUUUAACAAAAUAUAAGAACAAUUUUUAUGGGAAUUGGCCUGAUUAUGUUUAACUCUCUAGGAUCCUCAAACUUUUGUUAACCCUUCAGGCCUCUCUAUUGCCCAGAUAUGCUGUGUCAGCUUAGACAGGACAAGCUAAAGAGUGGAAACAGGACUAGCCCUCCCAACAGCUUAAAAUGCCCAUAAGACAACAUUAUUAACAGUAGGGUCAUAGAAACUGAAGACAGACCAUAAGAAUUUCCCCCAAUCAAUCCUCAUCCAACUCUUUGUUCUUAUUGUCAUCUGUUGCUACACUCUCCAACUGAGCAAAGACUCCUGGAGGCUGGCUCCUAUUUUAAGAUUCAGAGACUGAAGUGGGCCUAUCCAAGUAGAAUCCCAUCCAGUUUCCAACGUGCUGCCAAUCAAACCUGUUGUGACCAAAUUCAUAUUUGCUGAGCCUAUUAGAUAAAAGAGGCUACCCAACUGGUAGCCUGCCUCAUGCCCACAAGGGAUGUGUAAUUCAUACGAUCUUCCCAGACCUUAGUGCAGGACAGUCAGCUGCAUUUUUGCAAUGCACUGAUUCCCAGUUUCAUUUGCUUCCUGAGAAUAAACUCCUUGUCACAUCCCCCUCAGUCAUCUGUUUCAGACAAUGGAGUAAUCAGGAGGAGGCGGGUCUGAAGCACUGUUGUACAUCCACAGCUUAGGGGCCCGAAAGCACUUGGGAGUUCUGCAGCUGAAGAAGUAUCAGUCUGUUAGCAGCAAGGAAGCAAAGAUGAGGUGGACAGUUCUCUAGGCACCAUCUGGGAAACUGUUCCAAACCGCAACUCACUGUCUGCCCAAAGGACUUGCGUUACCCCUGGAUGGUGUGCCAACAACCUCGGAAGGAAAGUCAGUGUGGGAAGUCAGUGAGUCCAUGGGAAGUCAGUGUGAGUAGGUGAAGCGAGGUGUAAAGAAAAGGAGAGAUUAAUGGUCUUAAAGAGCAGGCUUUUGGAAAAGGAGGGAAUCAGCUGCCGCUCUUGGCUCCUCAGCACACUGGGCCACUGCCGAGACCAUUCUCUGUCUCAUUCCCACUUUGGCCAAUGUUUAAAUGCUAUUUGUUGAAAAUAAUUCUUUGGGACAGAUUUCAGCUACCUCCCUUCCACGUUCGAUUUAACUCGGCUAUAACUGUCAAUUUGUUAAAGGUCUUACCUGUGUGAUUUUUUAAAAAGAAAGAAAGAAAUAGAAAAAGAAAUGAAAGAAAGAAAAGAGAAGAACAGAAAAGGAAGAAAAUCAUAGUCAUGUUAAUAGUUUCAGUGUGUGUGUGUGUGUGUGUGUGUGUGUGUGUGUGUGUGACUUUUUUUCUGGAACUACUUCAAGUGAGAAAAAGAUUGAUAGUGACAAAGCUAUAAAAAUAUAAAUUAAUAGAGGACAAUAUGAUUACAAGGAACUAAAAUGCAUGAUUAAAACCUAAGAAUAUGAACUCUAUUUUUAAUGCUUCCUUGAGGAGGUUGUUUUAUUCUACAAACUGAGUAUGGAGAGAUGACAUAGAGAUUUCGCUAGAUGAUGAAGAGUGAGGUUUUAUUGCGCUGUCUGAUAUUUUCUGUACAUUGUGGUAGGUCCAGGAAGUAAGGCAUAUUCUCCCUUGAGUUGUUUUUAGUGGGGCAUUUUGCUCUUUUUGUGUGUGUGUGUGACUGUCCAUGGUAGAGGGGCCUGGGGAGGGUUUGAUAUUGGUUUUCACCAAAUAUUAAGGGGAUAAACUGUGUCUUUGUCCUUUUUACACAAUAAGAUAUUUGUAUUUGCUAGUAUGGCCCUGAGCUCCCUGAUGACUACACUCAGAACCAACCUGCACAGUCCACUUCCUAAGAAGCUGCUACAUGACCAGACAGGUGAUCCCAGUGAAGUUUGAGAAAGAAAACAAACCAAAUUAAUAACUAAAUAGAAAAUGAGUUUUGUAAAAUCCUCUUUUUGUAAUUUAUUCAAGUUUUGCCAAAUUCCUAACUAUCAUUUCCCUUGUAAAAACAAUGCAAUAAUAAUCAAGGUAGAAGUUUAUGUGUCUGACCAAAGCUUCAGAAUGCUUGACUCCAGGCAUCACUUCACUCAGUGAUUUUGAACAAGUCGUCAGAUUGCCUCCACAUUUGCCUCAGUUUCUCUAGCUGAAAAAUGGGGAUACUACUAUUUACCUACCUCACAGUGGGAGGACAGAGGACCAUGAGGCCCUGAGGUUUUUAAAUGGACUAUGCAAUCUGUUAGAGACACCAUCUGAUGCAAAGUCCAUAGGUUAUUUUUCAAGAAUGCAUAGGGACAUCACCUUUUUCAGAGAUAGGGAGAACUUGAUUGACAUUUCAAGGCGCAAAAGCUGGAAUGCCUGGAUUAGAGUUCACCUUAAGGGAGUGUACUGGGAAAUAGUUCACUCUUUAGAUAAUUUCAAGUUCCUUCUCCCUUUUUCUGGCCUUUACUAAUUCAAUGGUUUGAUCAAAAUCCAAUGACUUCCUACAGUGUAAAAGUCAGGCUACUGUCAUGUAGUUAAGAUUUUGGGGGCAUUACCAAUAUGCAGAGUAAGAGGGUCUGACAUCUCUUCUCCAGCAGAUUCCUCUCUUCUCACACUUAGUUUCCACAACACAUGUUUCAUUAAUAUAAGUGAUAAUAUUUGAGUGCAAGUUGGGCUUCUUAAACUUCACACCAGCAGUCAGUGAGGAGAACUAUGAACAAUUAGUGAGUUGCUUUCUUGGGUCUCUAUAAUCAAUAACCUGUCUGCAGAUAUCUAUCUAUAUAAAGAUAUUAUAUAUAAAUAAAAAUUUACAUAUAUAUGCACAUGUAUAUAUAGUUGUACAUAUAUGUGUGUAUAUAUAUACUUAAAUGUAAUAUUUACAAAACUGUGAUCUCUUCUAGAGAAAAUGUAUUCAUAUUACAAACUGCUCUUCCAUAUUUAUGUAUCAUAUUAUACCUUUUUAUUGUUGUUAAGGGUAUUUCUAAUUAUUAUGAUGUUAAAAUCUGUUUGGCACCUUCUGGAAGCAACCAAAAAAAUAUGACUCUUCAUCAAAGUGCUUAGAAUCUGUUCUUAAGAAAAUUCUACUGGUCUACUGUUAAAAAAAAAAGAAAAAAGAAAAAAAUGAAAGAAAGGAAGAAAGAAAGAGUGAAAAGAAAGAUAAAUGCAAAGUAAAGACCAAAAACUAAACACAACUCUAACCUUCUUCCUGUACCUCACGCGCAGAAAUGUGCUGCUCUUGUUGUGGGUUUAUUUUUCCUGUUUAUGUGUUUUUAUGGAUCUAAGUUAAGUCUUUCAGCAAUAUAUAAAAAUGUAAAUAGUUAACUUUAUUUAUUAAGAAUGUCAUCUUUUUUAAUUUAUAUUUACACGAUGGUUCAUCUAAUUUAUUUUUUCUAUACGGUUUUAAAUACUCAGACAUAUUUUGCUGUUCAUGGUAUUUUUUAUUCUUUUCUCAUGGAUUUGUGUUUCCAUAUUGUUCUCUCUGGUCUCAGUUACAGGUUGGAUCUGACACACAUACACGAAAAUAAUGUCAAAGACAAAUAUUUUGCCACU